ACCCUAGUCCCAAAAAUGGGGAAAUUGUGGGUGAUUUUUGUUGCUUCGAUUUCGAAGUCUCCAUUUCUCUGCAAUUCUUUCUCUCAGACUCCGACAGAUCGCCGAGUCCUGGUCCUUCUCGACGAUUUCGCCAUCAAUCGUCUCACUCCCUCUACUUCAACUCCCUCAAUCACGCGGCGCUUUGACCUCGACUUCAAACUCGCCGAUGAUCCAAAGAUCGCCUUGCACGCUAUGGCCAAUACUCUCUAUGAUGCCUUGAUCCUCUUCUGCCCCUCCAUUGAACGUGUUGGAGGAUCUAUUGAUCUUGCCGCUAUUAUCAAUUUUGUUGAUUCUGGUCAUGAUUUGAUUAUUGCUGCCGAUGCUAAUGCUUCUGAUUUGAUUCGGGAAGUUGCUACUGAAUGUGGUGUUGAUUUUGAUGAGGAUCCUUCGGCUUUGGUUAUUGAUCACACUAGCUAUGCGGUUUCAGCAACGGAAGAUCAUACGUUGAUUGCUGCUGAUGAUUUUAUUAAGUCCGAUGUGAUCUUAGGAAGUAAGAAAAUUGAUGCUCCCGUACUUUUCCAGGGCAUUGGCCAUUCAUUGAAUCCUUCCAAUAGCUUGGUAUUAAAAGUUCUCUCAGCUUCUCCAGCUGCCUAUUCAGCUAAUCCCAAGUCCAAGCUGUCAACUCCACCAUCAUUGACUGGUUCUGCUAUCUCCUUUGUCUCAGUUGUGCAGGCAAGAAACAAUGCGCGGAUUCUGAUUAGUGGCUCACUAAGUAUGUUCAGCAAUCGAUUUUUCAGAUCUGAUGUGCAGAAGGCUGGGAGCCCAAUCAAACAUGAGAAAUCGGGUAAUGAGCAGUUUUUGACUGAACUUAGCAAAUGGGUUUUCCAUGAAAGAGGUCAUCUUAAGGCUGUAAAUGUAAAACACCACAAAGUUGGAGAAACAGAUGAACCUGCUUUAUACAGGAUCAAUGAUGAAUUGGAAUACUCAGUUGAGAUCUAUGAGUGGUCUGGAACAAGCUGGGAGCCAUACGUUGAUGAUGAUGUCCAAGUGCAGUUUUACAUGAUGAGCCCUUAUGUGUUGAAAACUUUAUUGAAUAACAAAAAGGGUCUCUAUUCCACAUCAUUUAUGGUACCAGAUGUUUAUGGUGUUUUCCAAUUCAAGGUUGAGUACCAAAAGCUUGGGUACACAAGUUUAUCCCUUUCAAAGCAGAUUCCAGUCAGGCCAUAUAGACACAAUGAAUAUGAAAGAUUCAUACCAACUGCUUAUCCCUACUAUGGAGCUGCAUUUUCUAUGAUGGCAGGAUUCUUGAUCUUCUCCUUUGUCCAUCUAUACAGCAAGUAGACUGUUAACAUUCCUAGCAUGCAGGCUCCGGACUGUUGGAUUCGAAAUUUUUGAGUGAACAAUGAUAUGAUACAAAUGUUUAGAGUUUUGAUGCAUAAUGUCGUUGAGUUGUUAGGGAAGAUGCCUUGACUGAUAUCAUUUUCCCUGCGUUACAAAUUUUCAGAUUAUUAUUUUAUAUGAUUCCCAAAGUGAUUCCACUCAUCUGGUUAGAAA